GUGGAACCAGCUCCCACUCUGCUGAUCAUGGUCAACAAGACCUUAAAUUACUGGGGUCCCGGUUUCGAGGAGGACGUUAUCAACAUCAACGUGGGGGGGCUGAGAAGGCGGCUCAGCUCCAGCGCCCUCUCCAAGUUCCCUGACACGCGCCUGGGGCGCCUGCUGUCCUGCGACUCGGAGGAGUCCAUCCUGCAGCUCUGCGAUGACUACGACGAGAUCGAGUACUGGGGCAUCAACGAGUUCUUCCUGGACUCCUGCUGCAGCUACCGCUACCACGAGCGCAAGCUGGAGAGCCGGCACCACGCCUGGGACGAGGAGAGCGAGGUGAGCAGCGUGGACACGUCCCCCGACGAGAUCUCGGACAUCAACCACGACCUGCUGCGCUACAGCACGCUGCGCUGCGGCAGCCUGCGCAGGCGCCUCUGGCUCACCAUGGAGAACCCCGGCUACUCCAUCCCCAGCAAGCUCUUCAGCUUCGUGUCCAUCAGCGUGGUGCUGGUUUCCAUAGCCACCAUGUGCAUCCACAGCAUGCCCGAGUACCAGGAGGUGGAUGAGAACGGCAACGUGCUCGAUGAACCCAUCCUGCACAAGCUGGAGUAUUUCUGCAUCUCCUGGUUCACCUUCGAAGUGUCUUCCCGCCUCCUGCUCUCCCCCAGCCCCAGGAAGUUCUUCAAGCACCCACUGAACCUGAUUGACAUUGUCUCGGUGCUGCCUUUCUACUUCACCCUCUUGGUGGACUUGACCGUGGGCAGUGACUCGGAACUGGGCAACCUGGGCAAGGUCGUGCAGGUGUUUCGGCUCAUGAGGAUAUUCCGGGUGCUGAAGCUGGCUCGGCACUCCACUGGGCUGAGGUCCUUGGGGGCCACCUUGAAG